CGCUAAGGGCGAGUAUACUGUAACUUGACGUGUAGCCGAAUAUAUCGAUCAACCAAAGCUCACUGAAACAAUAUGUCCUUACUUUCUUUUUUAUUCCGUUAUAUUUUUCUACAAUUACAUGCAAUUCAGUGCGUUAGAUCGUGAAAUGCUGUUGUGUAGAUUGUUUGCGUUGCGCCCAAUUUCUUUGAACAAUUUUGUGUUGGAUGAUGGAGCCAGUGAAAAUCAACAAAUUUGGGCUGUUGACUCUUCUAUCUUUCCAAGAACAACUCAUAGUAAAAAUUACAGUAAGGGAGAUCCAUCGAUCCUCAAACCAGUAUACUUUCUGCAACCAGAGACGGUUACAGAUAGCGGCAGAGGAUAUCGCCGCUACGAUAGAGGUAGAUCGUUUUCUCCGCAUAAACCGCAUCACAAACCAUUUCCAGAGGUUGCAGGGUCUGCUUCGCAACAUAAUGAUAUCGUAGACCAAAGCAACGAACAUCCUCGUCAAUUCAAAUACAAUGACGGAUUUCGCAAGAGUUUUUCAUCUGAGCAGCUUCAUUAUAGCAGCAAACCGCAUCAAGAACCUCAUUCAGCUUCACUAUCUAGCGGAUCGUCUACGACAUCAACAGGAUCGUCAAUCAAAACCAAUGGUUGGCAUCGAGAGAUGAGAUCAGGCAUCCCUAUACCAAUUUCAUCUGAAGCCAAACUGCGAGUUCGCACCAAUACCAAUAUGAAUACUAACACUACCGUCGGUCCCGUUAUAGCCCGCAGUAUACAGGCUUCCUCAUUUCUUAAAAAUAAUUUGUCAAAAUACCUUAUUUCUAUAGAAACAACACUAACAGGAAGUUCUAGUUGGGAUGAAAAUCUUAUGAGAGCCUACAAAUUAACAUCAUUUACAUAA